CUUUGAUCUACCAAACCCACAGCACACAAACAAGCCUGCAACCGAGCAUGAUUGAACCCUGAUGAUACAUUGAUUGAAGACCUUGCUGCUUCCUGCUCUUUAUUGCGUCAGCUUACAAAAUGGAACACCAAAGUCGAGCAGUUCCAAGAAAGAUCUCCACAGCUUUCAUCCAUCGUUGAAGCAAGCCACAAACGGCAAGUCAACUACCGUAAAUCUCCAACAACCAACCAUGCCCGAAGGACGUCGACCCUCUUUGGGGGAAACCUAUUCGGAAGUGGCCGACUUGGUCCACGCCCAGCAAGAAGAAAUUGCUCAUGUUAUGGACGAUACCAAUGCCACGUGUUCCACCACAGACACCACCACUGCCAGCAAAUGGGCCGAAUUCAGGCAUCAAGGCAGACUCUUUCUCGAACUGGCACUCCCCACGUGCCUCCUGAGCGUGGGAACCAACAUUAGUCCCUUCCUCACAGCAUCGGUGGUCGGUCUCAAAUUCGGUAAAACCUAUCUCAGUGCCUUUACAUUGGCCAACUUGACUGGAAAUCUGUGCACGUACUCGUUACUCUGGGGACUCUUCUCGGCCGCCGACACGUUGUCACCACAAGCCUUUGGCAAAAAGGAUUAUCCUGAAGUGGGAUACCUCGCCAUGCGAGGUGUCGUCUUGGCGGCUGCCAUUGUGGUUCCCUCCAAUACACUCCUCUUCUUCUACCUGGAAACGGUAUUACUGGCAUUGGGACAAAAUCCCGAAGCUGCAGCACAUGCGGCGGCAUGGUAUAAGAUCUUUAUCGUGUCCUUGCCCUUUGUCGUGUUCUUUACCGCCGCGUGGAAAUUCUUGUCGGCACAGCACGUCAUGGUACCGCUCAUGUGCGUAUCGCUGUUUUCCUGCGGCAUUGUCUUGCCGGUGGCAUUGCAAGUCAUGACACGAUACUUUGGCUUUCUUGGAUCCGCCAUGGCCUACGUCACCUUUCAAGCGUCACAGUCCAUUUUACUGAUUAUCUAUCUCUAUUGGAAACGACCCUAUGUGGCGGAAACGUGGCCAGAUGUCUUUGAUAAAGAUGCGUGGAAAAAGGCAUUGCAGUGGAAACCGCUCAUGGAAUACAUGAACCUGGGGGCGGGUGGCAUGUUUGCCCAAUCCGAAUGGAUUUUUUGGGAAGCUCUGGGGUUGAUCAUUGGUAAACUCGGUGUCCUGGAGCUAAGUACGCAUACAAUCCCCAAUCAAAUCAUCAUGAUGGCCUGUUUGGCACCCUUUGCCUUUGGUACGGCUCUGGCCAUUCGAAUGGGAAUUACAUUGACUCUAAACAACAACAACCACAACAAGAAAAACGGCAACCACCCGCUUCCUGUCGAUGGUGUCAAAAGCACUCAAACCAUGGUCAUUGGGAUCGUGACCUUGUGCACCAUUCUGUUUGGGAUCAUGACAAUCUUCCUGUAUAUCUACCAAGAAUGGAUUUGUGGUUUCUUCACUACCGAGGCAGAAGUACUUGCCAUGGCACACAAGAUUUGGUGGAAAGUUGCUCUCUUUUCCUUCAACGUCGCCGUCUUUGCCUUGUUCUCGGGUGUGGCCACUGGGUUGGGAAUGCAGUGGUCCUUGGGAGCCGUCAACUUUUUCUUCUUGUGGGUGUUUGGUGUCCCAGUAACCUACCAUGCAACAAUUACCAUGGGAGGAGGCCUAGAAGCGGCUUGGAUGUGGAUCAACGUCCCCUACUUGUUGAUGAAUGUUAGCUUGUUUGGAAUCUUUGUGACGACGGAUUGGUACAAGAUACAAGAAAAGAUCUUGUUGGGUGAACUUGUCCAAGAUCCCGAAAUCCCAGCGAAAACCGCAUCAGCAGAAGCGCAGCAUGAUGAAAAGAAAAGUCUGCUGAGUGCCAAUAAUGGCAGCAACCACGCAGAAUACAACGCCACGACAGAUGAUGAUGGUGGGGGCGUGUGACGAUACAUGCAUGCGACGAGCAAAUUAUAUCAUGUCCUGCUACCAAACCAAUCCUUUAUAUGCAUACUGCAUCAAGUAUCAAACUUGCGCAGCGACAACAUAGAUAAGAACAGCUAGCUGGACAAACGGCAAUACAAAUAAAUGAAACUAACAAGCAAACCAACAGCGCCAGAUACCGUACAUGCAAACGAACGCACAGACAACAUGGAGUUUCUGUAGUUU